GCGCGUGUGAGGCGUAGCUCGCUAGCGUGUCAGCCUUUUGCCCGUCGGCCCCCUGCCCCGCUGCAGCCGCUACCCCCGGGGGUCAGGUGGCCGCGUGGCCCGGUGCGCGCCGCGAAAGUCCGCGAUCAGCGGACAGAGAGGUGCGUGCGCAACCCGGGGCGGGCUCCGGGAGGCCGGCCGCGCGUGGCCGGGGAGGCGAGGGCGGACGCAUCGCGGUUGAAGGGGCCUCAGGGCGCGGCGCAGGAAUCACUUCAUCAUGAGAAAUCUAAAGUUACUUCGGACCCUGGAGUUCGGGGAUAUUCAGGCUCCGGGGAAACCUCAGUGCCUCUCUCUCCGAACUGAACAGGGGACAGUGCUCAUUGGCUCAGAACAUGGCCUGAUAGAAGUAGACCCUGUCACGAGAGAAGUGAAAAAUGAAAUUUCUUUAGUGGCAGAAGGCUUUCUCCCAGAGGACGGAAGUGGCAGCAUUGUUGGUAUUCAGGACUUGCUGGAUCAGGAGUCUGUGUGUGUGGCCACAGCCCCCGGGGACGUUAUACUCUGCAAUCUCAGCACACACCAGCUGGAAUGUGUUGGGAGUGUAGCCAGUGGUAUCUCUGUCAUGAGUUGGAGUCCUGACCAAGAGCUGGUGCUUCUUGCUACAGGUCAACAGACCCUAAUUAUGAUGACAAAAGACUUUGAACCAAUCAUGGAACAGCAAAUCCACCAGGAUGAUUUUGGUGAAAGCAAGUUUAUCACUGUUGGAUGGGGCAGGAAGGAGACGCAGUUCCAUGGAUCAGAAGGCAGGCAAGCGGCCUUUCAGGUGCAAAUGCACGAAUCUGCUUUGCCCUGGGAUGACCAUAGACCACGAGUUACCUGGCGUGGUGAUGGACAGUUUUUUGCUGUGAGUGUUGUUUGCCCAGACACAGGAGCUCGGAAGGUCCGAGUGUGGAAUCGAGAGUUUGCUUUACAAUCAACCAGUGAACCGGUGGCAGGCCUGGGACCAGCUCUGGCUUGGAAGCCCUCAGGCAGUUUGAUUGCGUCUACACAAGAUAAACCAAAUCAGCAUGAUGUUGUGUUUUUUGAGAAAAAUGGACUUCUCCAUGGACAUUUUACACUUCCUUUCCUCAAAGAUCAGGUUAAGGUAAAUGAUCUGCUCUGGAAUGCAGAUUCUACUGUGCUUGCAGUUUGGCUGGAAGACCUUCAGAGGGAAGAAAAUGCCACUCUAAAAGCCUAUGUUCAGCUAUGGACUGUUGGAAACUAUCACUGGUAUCUCAAGCAAAGUCUGCCCUUCAGCACCUCUGGGAAGAGCAAGAUUGUGUCUCUGAUGUGGGACCCAGUGACCCCAUACCGGCUGCAUGUGCUCUGUCAGGGCUGGCAUUACCUCUGCUAUGACUGGCACUGGACGACUGACCGGAGCUUGGGAGAUAAUUCAAGUGACAUGGCAAAUGUGGCAGUCAUUGAUGGAAAUAGGGUAUUGGUAACUGUCUUCCGGCUGAGUAUAGUUCCACCACCCAUGUGCUCCUACCGACUGCUGCUCCCACACUCCGUGAAUCAAGUCGUGUUCUCUGUGCACCCAGAAAAGAGUAAUGACCUCGCUAUCCUAGAUGCCAGUAACCAGAUUUCUGUUUAUAAAUGUGGUGAUAGUCAAAGUGUGGACCCUACAGUGAAACUGGGAGCUGUGGGUGGAAAUGGAUUUAAAGUUUCCCUUAGAACACCUCAUCUAGAAAAGAGAUACAAAAUUCAAUUCGAGAAUAGUGAAGAGCAAGAAGUAAACCCACUAAAGCUCAGCCUUCUCACCUGGAUUCAAGAAGACGUUUUCCUAGCUGUAAGCUACAGUCAGUCCAGCCCACAGUUUGUCAUUCACCAUCUGACUGUGGCCCCUUCCGAGACAGAUGACGAACAAGGACAGCUCAACAUUAGUUCAUCAGUAGCAGUAGAGGGCGUCAUAAUCAAUCUGUGUUGCAAUUCCAAGACCAAGUCAGUAGCAUUGCAGCUGGCUGAUGGCCAGAUACUAAAGUACCUUUGGGAAUCACCCUCUCUGGCUGUUGAACCAUGGAAGAACCCUGGUGGAUUUCCUGUUCGACUUCCUUAUCCCUGCACACAGACUGAAUUGGCCAUGAUUGGAGGAGAGGAAUGUGUCCUUGGUCUGACUGACAGGUGUCGCUUUUUCAUCAAUGACACUGAGGUUGCUUCAAAUGUCACAUCAUUUGCAGUAUAUGAUGAGUUUUUAUUAUUGACGACCCAUUCGCAUACCUGCCGGUGUUUUUGCCUGAGAGAUACUUCAUUUAAAACAUUGCAGGCAGCUCUGAGCAGCAACCACGUGUCUAACGGGGAAUCUCUGCGGAAGGUGGAGAGGGGUUCACGCAUUGUCACUGUUGUGCCCCAGGACACAAAGCUUAUAUUACAGAUGCCAAGGGGAAAUUUAGAAGUUGUUCAUCAUCGAGCCCUGGUUUUAGCUCAGAUUCGGAAGUGGUUGGACAAACUUAUGUUUAAAGAAGCAUUCGAAUGCAUGAGAAAACUGAGAAUUAAUCUCAAUCUGAUUCAUGAUCAUAACCCUAAGGUGUUUCUUGAAAAUGUGGAAACCUUCAUAAGACAGGUAGAUUCUGUAAAUCACAUUAAUUUGUUCUUCACAGAAUUAAAGGAAGAAGAUGUCACAAAGACCAUGUAUCCUCCACCAGUUACCAGCACUGUCCAGCUGUCCAGGGAUCCUGAUGGGAAAAAAGUAGACCUUGUCUGCGACGCUAUGAGAGCAGCCAUGGAGAACAUAAAUCCUCACAAGUACUGCCUGUCAAUACUCACCUCUCACGUGAAGAAAACAACCCCAGAACUGGAAAUUGUGCUGCAGAAGGUACACGAGCUCCAAGGACUUGCUCCAUCUGUUCCUGAUGCUGUGACUGCUGAGGAGGCCCUGAAGCAUCUGCUGCUUCUGGUAGAUGUUAAUGAGUUAUAUGAUCAUUCGCUUGGGACCUAUGACUUUGAUUUAGUCCUCAUGGUAGCUGAGAAGUCACAGAAGGAUCCCAAAGAAUAUCUUCCCUUUCUUAAUACACUUAAGAAAAUGGAAACUAAUUAUCAGCGGUUCACCAUAGACAAAUACUUGAAACGGUAUGAAAAAGCCAUUGGCCACCUCAGCAAAUGUGGACCUGAGUACUUCCCAGAAUGCUUAAAUUUAAUAAAAGAUAAAAACUUGUAUAACGAAGCCCUGAAGUUAUAUCCAUCGGACUCGCAGCAGUACAAGGAUGUCAGCAUUGCUUAUGGUGAACACCUGAUGGAAGAGCACCUCUGUGAGCCAGCGGGCCUUGUGUUUGCCCGCUGUGGUGCCUACGAGAAAGCUCUCAGUGCCUUUCUGGCUUGUGGCAGCUGGCAACAAGCUCUCUGCAUGGCAGCCCAGCUUCACUUGACCAAAGACCAACUGGCUGGCCUCGGCAGAACUCUGGCGGGAAAGCUCGUUGAGCAGAGGAGGCACAGUGCCGCAGCCACGGUUUUGGAACAGUAUGCCCAGGAUUAUGAAGAAGCUGUGCUCUUACUGUUAGAAGGAGCUGCCUGGGAAGAAGCUCUGAGAGUGGUAUACAAAUACAACAGACUGGAUAUUAUAGAAACCAACGUAAAGCCUUCCAUUUUAGAAGCCCAGAAAAAUUAUAUGGCAUUUCUGGACUCUCAGACAGCCACAUUCAGUCGUCAUAAAAAACGUUUAUUGGUGGUUCGAGAGCUCAAGGAGCAAGCACAGCAGGUGAAUCUGGAUGAGGAUGAGCCCCAUGGUCAAGACUCAGAUCUGUUCUCUGAAACCAGCAGUGUCGUGAGUGGCAGUGACAUGAGUGGCAAAUAUUCCCAUAGUAACUCCAGGAUAUCAGCGCGAUCAUCUAAGAACCGCCGGAAAGCAGAGCGGAAGAAGCACAGCCUCAAAGAGGGGAGUCCCCUGGAGGACCUGGCCCUUAUGGAGGCGUUGAAGGAAGUGGCACAGGGCACUGAAAAAUUGAAAGAUGAAGUAUACCAUAUUUUAAAGGUGCUCUUUCUGUUUGAGUUUGAUGAACAAGGAAGGGAAUUACAGAAGGCCUUUGAAGAUACUCUGCAGCUAAUGGAAAGGUCACUUCCAGAAAUUUGGACUCUCACCCACGAGCAGAAUUCAGCUACACCUGUUCUAGGUCCUGAUUCUACUGCAAAUAGUAUCAUGGCCUCUUAUCAACAACAGAAGACUUCGGUUCCUCUUCUUGAUGCUGAGCUUUUCAUACCGCCAAAGAUCAACAAAAGAACCCAGUGGAAACUGAGUCUUCUAGAGUGACUCUGACCCCAGUUAGAGGGCUCUGGCAGACAAGACCAUUUUCCUUCCACUCCUCGCUCCACGGGCCCUGGCUGUUGAGAACUGGCAAGAGUGAGACGGAGAUCUACCUUAGCAUUAUGGAGAGCUGCUCUGUAUAGCAGACCUCAGCAGACGCCAAGCAAUUUUAUUUUAUUUUGCAUAUAAUUUUAAUCAUUAGCAAAACUUUAAGGUUUAACCAAUGUAACAUCAUUUCUUUAGUGCUGUUUGAGAGCAUAUUUCUGGUAUUUAUGGUAAUCAGGAGAUUAGGUUUCAGUCCCACUACAGGUCUGAUUUAUACUGGGACCUUAAGUCACAUAAUUAAUUUGUGCCUCAGUUAAGUGGGAAUAAUGUUUCACGGUUGCUACCUCAAAAGUGUAAAGAAAAGUAAAAUGUUCCUGAAUUGUUUUAUGUUCCUGGAAGAAAGCAUUAUAUGUAAACAACAUGGCUAUUAGUGCUACCAAAAUUUGGUCAAAUCAAAUCACUUAAAAGGCUUCUUCACCUUGAACUAAAGCAGAAUAAAAAGGUUUCCUAUGCUAAUGGCCACUAUUUUUAACAUUUUCCCAAGUCCUGUGCCUCCAGUUAUAACUGAGCUGAGCCUCCCAUCCCUAUAAUGUCCAUAGGGACUAUUUAUACUGCCUGUGAAUUUUCUGCUAGAGAGUUAGCCAUGUUAGAGCUAGAACAGAUUAGAAUUUCUGAAGCAGUAUCAUGCACAUUUGGUAUGGUAAGCACUGUGCAUCAUAUGGCAUGCAGAGUUAUAAUUUAUUCUUUUUUCUCCAAGUAUUGCUGCUUUUUUUUUUUCUUUUCUUUUUUUGAGGAAGAUUAGCCCUGAGCUAACAUCUGCCACAAAACCUCCUCUUUUGCUGAGGAAGACUGUC